AUGGAUGGACGGACGGACGGAUGGACAUGUUUUGUUUGCAGCUGCAUUCCCACAUGAUUGUCAUGUUCUGGAUGAUGAUUUUAUUUAUAAAAUAUUUAUACAUGACCAGCCUGAAGAUUGUUCUGUGGAACAUCUGAGACAGGCUUUUAGUUAAUUUCCCACUUUGGAUUAUUAAACAUCCAUGCUUCAGUGUGCUAAACAUCCUUAAGUCACUCUGAUGUAUAGCACACUGAAGCACGUAGGAAAAAGACGACGACACUUAGCAAAUACAAAUUGUAUCGCAAGUGAAAUUUGGCAAAGUGAUUAAACUUGUAUGAAUUCAGUUAGGCAUCUUUCUUUUGUUGUGAGUUCUGUUUCUCUUUUGGACUCUUUUGUCAGAGUGACAGUUCACAGCUCAUCUCACCUCUGGCAGCUUUGAGGAAAUUACAUUCAGGUCAUGUCACAUUACACAACCAUUAAAAAACAUUAAUACAAUAUUUUUUUGCUACAUUUUGUUGAAGUCAGAGAGACAAUAAAGUUCAAACAACUGUCCCUGGCUGGAAGCUGCACCCCCAUUAAAGGUUACCAACAUGUAAAAAACAGCAUGGCAAAGUCAUAAAAAUGUAUUGUACAGACUCAAGACGCUCAUAUGCACUACAUUGGAUUUACAUUAAUUUUCCAGUAAAUCUUUGUGGAAUUUUGGUAAACUAUGCUUUAUGCAAUAAGUGGCUCAACACUUUUUUGCCUUGAAUGGAACUUUCCCCUACAAUUUUGUUGUAGUCAGAUUUAUGGAGAAUGAGAAACUUAGAAACUGAGUCAACUUCAACAUGUGGAACCUCACGCUGUUCAGAGGAAAAACCCUUUUCAUCAAAUUGUGACAAGUAAGGAAGCAUAUGUCUCCUGUUCCUCUUUUUGUUUUUGUUGGUAUUAAAAACACGGUACUAACUCAAAGCCUAUGCUUUGAAUUUAAACAUUGCCAGAUACGGAUGUAACUACAGAUAGUAGAAGAAGGUUCAACUAAAUUCUUCAUGGGAGCCAUAAUGCCUUGAUUGAGUCACUGUUCCAGCUGAAACGGAUGAACUAACAAAAAAGCCCCUUCAAAGCCCAAGAGAAGUACCCCAGAGGGGAGCACUCCCAGAGGGGAGCACUCCCAGAGGGGAGCACUCCCAGAGGGCAGCACUCCCAGAGGGCAGCACUCCCAGAGGGCAGCACUCCCAGAGGGCAGCACUCCCAGAGCCCGCUGACGAGAAGACAAACUUGAGCCUCACAGAUGGAGAUGGGCCUCUGACACAGUGCAUCCCAACACUAGUGGAUGUCAACUGCAAUGAAUUCAGCAUUUGAAAAAGAUCUUGUGUACCUUCCUAAGCAGGUCAUACAGGCUUAAAUGCCCUUCCAGAAGUCUAAGAUCUUCUAAAAGAAACACUCGUUGGAAAUGGAAAAAAAGAUGACAACACAUUUUCUGUUCAUUCUGCUUCAUCUGCUUCAGUUCUUCGCUGUCAGACCUGAUGAUAGUAUCUGCCUCCCGCAGAAAAGUCUAACUUGCCACAAUGAUUUCAGUCAUAACAUUACCUGCAUAUGGAAAGGCUCAUUUGACUCAGAUCAAAGGAAUAAUGCCUGUUUAAUAUAUGCAGAAAGGGUGGAUUUCCGGCAGAAAUCUUAUAAGAAUAAAUAUAAGCAUUCGUAUAAUGCUUCUUGUGAACUACAGUCUUUUGAUAGCGCUAAACCAGCCUUAAAAAAGUGCUCGCUGAUUUUCAAUGGAACCUUCCUGUUCUUUGGCUGGCAUCGGGUGUUAAUGAAUUUGAGCUGCUCCUCUUCAAAACAAAAUGAAACCUUUUCUUACAAGCCAGUAUGUCACAUAAAGGUGAAUCCACCAGGAAAACCUAAUGUGAACCAGACAACUGUGACCUGGUUUACCCAAGUUGAAAAGCACAUGAGAAUUACAGUUUUUCUGUCGGAGCUACAGUGGAAACAAAAAGAUAAGUCAUGGAAUGAUCCGACUGUUGGGACUGUAACGGGGAAGUGUGAAUGGGAGUGUAAGGCGCAACUGAUACCCAUUUUGCUCAUGAAAGAUGAGACUUAUGAAGCACGUGUUCGUGUGCAGGCCUUUGACAAAAGCCUUAGUGGAACCUGGAGUGAAUGGAGCCCCACAGAGUCAUGGGUGUCACAAGUAGGAAGCCCGAAGCCAGCAUCAGAGUGGGGCGUUUCGAGCAGAGGUGUUUUAACCCUUGUGGCGUUGGCUCUUUUGCUUGCUGGCAUUGUCCUCUUAAUACGCAAAAAAAACCUGGUCUACGUGGUGAAGAGCUUUAAAGGGGCACCCUUACCAGACCCUGGGAAAUCUGAAAUUUUCCAGGACUGGUUUACUCUGAACUCUAAAGGCCAAGACGUUUCUUUUGCAUCAAAGCCUGAAACAUCUGCAGUCCAAACUUGGUUAAGUUCACAAUUUACCGGUGAAUGCGUUCAAUCCUUCUUGAGCUCAGUGGAUAUUGUCUCUUAUGAAGUUACCUCCACCGUGGAUGCCAUGAAGUUCUGCAAGCCAGAUGUAAAAUUGAUGUCAGAAAGCAACAAAUACGACUCCAGCUGCUCCAGCUUUUCCAACCCCAGUUACUCUGAGCUUUGUGCUUCUCGUUGUGUGCCCACUAAGAAACUGCAGGCCUCUGUAGUUGAUGCCCCUUACAAGCCUGUUCGAGGCCAAAGUGAAGAAAAAAGCACAGAACAAGAUAGUGAUUUGGUGGCAAAAAAAGAUUUGGAAAUGGUCAAGUUACUUUUUAUGGGUGGUAAUAAAAAGGAGGCAGUGGUGAUUUCAGACUAUGAGAAGGUUGAAAAGCAGCUGGCUGAGCGCCUCAGGCUUCACAGUGUUGAUUCAGGCAUGUGCAGUUAUGAAGAAGUCAGUCAGGAAAACAUGGAAGCAGACAGCGUCAAUAUGAUUGAUGGACAUGAUGAGGGGACACCCCACAAUGAAGAGCAAGAUCAGGAGAACAAGGCAGUGAAUAAGACAAAAUUAGAUUUCAAGAAGUUGUUUGGAGGCAGUGGAGUCAUUUUGGGGAAAAACAGUAUCCAGAUUUGUUCGGAUUACAAACAAAUCCCCAGCCUCAGCUGCGAUUCAGGAGUUAGCAUGAUAACUAAGGAAAAUGAGAGACAGGAAGACAGCACAGAGGAUGACAAUAAGCCCUCUGAGACGACUUGCUUCCUUUACCCUCCUCAUCCUCCUAGCACCCUACCACACCAAGUAUUGACCUCUUAAGCCCCAACCUCCAAUACUGGGGGCAGAAUUAAAAUUUUGUUUCCUUCUACUUUCUUUACUGCUAGUUCCAUUAGUUAAAUAUAAACAUAUGUGUUUUCCACUGAAAUUGUAGAAUCUUGGCUAAAAGCUUAUAUAAACCAUUUCCAUAAACACCAAAAACUGUUAAAACUAAAGGCAGUUGAAUCAGGAAAUAAACAAACUCCACAAAAUAGCAUCACUGCAAAACUCGGGCUCAGCUGUUCACUGCACGGCUUUCACACAUCCAGCCAACAUGUCUUCUGUAAGCAGGAGCUCACAGAUUCCAAAGAAUACAUUUUGUAAUCCAUCCAGGUUUUACUCAACCAGCAGCAAAGGAAGACCAGAAUUAUCAUUCCCAAUUGAAAAACAAAACAACAUAAUUAUCAACACAAUUGUUUUUUAGAUAAUGUCAAUUCUCAGAAAAAAAAUCUGUUAGAUUUGCGUUAUUUUGAGCUCAAGUCUUUGAGUCCAGUUGUACCAUCUUGCUGUGGUAAUGACAUAUUUAAGCAGAUUGCUCUUUAAGAUUGUAGACUGAAGCAGUCCUGUGAUUAUGGCCACAUGCAGAUAAGGCAGAAGAAGAGCUGAAAUUGACAUCAGACCUUAUAUUACAGUCAGACUUACCUCAGGAUUGUUCUAAAGAAUUUAUCCAGCACUUAUUUCUCUAGUGGAAGGUGGCGGCUUUAAUGAAUGUAUUUUGUCCAUUUUAUCUGAUAUAUUUAUUCCAGCUUGUUCAUCAGUAUGCAUGGAAUAUGACACUUUUGCAACAUGUUAUUUUAAUUUGACAAAUGCAUUUUCUUUUAUUAUGCUAAUUUAAAUAGAUGAUAUGUGUCAGUUCUUUGUUGUGAUGGUUUGAAUAGCCUAUUUUUAGAGCUUUUAGAUGAACAGCACUGUAAUAUUUACAGAUUAUCCUUUUUUCUUUCAGUCACAAUUCCUGCAAUGCAUUUCUGAUGUAUAUGAUGUAAUGUGAGUAAAAUUUUAAUAUCUUUUGAUGAUCUUCUGCAAGAAGAUUCAUAAAACUCAUUCAUUCAUUUAUUUAUUUAAGCUGCAUUUAAUCGGGUGAUUUUUAUAUUUAACAAUGUCCCUGUUUCAAAUGUGUAUGGCAGCUUUACGGAGAUGUACUGACAUGAAAAAAUCUUUCAGCAUUCCUGAAUGAUUAUGGUAAACAACUUCCUUUAAGAUCUGAGUUUGGUAAAGUGAUGAAAGAAAAAUAAAGUUUCAUUUGAUAAUGACCCCUACACUGAUAAGAUGAUAAAACAGCAGCAGAAAUAUUUUCUAACAUUUGACCUUAUUUAUUUACUAUGCACAGAAGGUGUAGCUGCCCAACUUGCUAAAUGAAUUCCUGUCUUUUAGUAAACAUGGAUCAUUUAUCAUUUUAUCAUUUAUCAUUUUUUAUGUUAAAUGUAGAGAAUUUACAUUCCAGUGUGGCAGCUCUAGUGUUUUGGUUUUAUUUUAUUUCAUAGCCUACUAGUAAUUGUAUACACUUUGCAUCAGUAACCAGGACUUGAAAUGAUUUCAGAUUUUAUGUUCUUUAUAUUUUCCAAAUAUUUUCUCUGUAAGGUCUGCGAAGAUAUGUAAAUACCUUCUACAGCUAUGAGGGGGUUGAAUGCUCAAUAAAACCCAUGUGGAAAUGUAACAUUUC